AUGUUUCAGGGUCUCCAUGAAAAAACUGGUGCAUUUACAGCUGUUAAAGUGAUGAAUGCUCGUAAGACUCCUUUACCUGAAAUAGGAAGGCGAGUGAGAGUGAAUAAGUAUCAAAAGUCUGUCGGGUGGAGAUACAGUGAUGAGGAAGAGGAUCUCAGGACUGAACUCAACCUUUUGAAGAAGUACUCUUUCCACAAAAACAUUGUGUCCUUCUAUGGUGCAUUUUUCAAGCUGAGCCCUGCUGGCCAGAGGCACCAACUUUGGAUGGUGAUGGAAUUAUGUGCAGCAGGCUCAGUUACUGAUGUAGUUAGAAUGACCAGAAAUCAGAGUUUGAAAGAAGAUUGGAUUGCUUAUAUCUGCCGAGAAAUACUUCAGGGCUUAGCUCAUCUUCAUGCACACCGUGUAAUUCACCGGGACAUCAAAGGUCAGAAUGUGCUAUUGACUCAUAAUGCUGAAGUAAAGCUAGUGGAUUUUGGAGUGAGUGCCCAGGUGAGCAGAACUAAUGGUAGGAGAAAUAGCUUCAUUGGGACACCAUACUGGAUGGCACCUGAAGUGAUUGACUGUGAUGAGGACCCUAGACGCUCCUAUGAUUACAGAAGUGAUGUGUGGUCCGUGGGAAUCACUGCUAUUGAAAUGGCUGAAGGGGCUCCUCCGCUGUGUAACCUUCAGCCCUUGGAAGCCCUCUUUGUAAUUUUGCGGGAAUCUGCUCCCAAAGUCAAAUCCAGUGGAUGGUCUCGCAAGUUCCACAAUUUCAUGGAAAAAUGCACGAUAAAAAAUUUCCUAUUUCGUCCCACUUCUGCUAAUAUGCUUCAUCAUCCAUUUGUUCAGAAUAUAAAACAUGAAGGACAUGUUGUUGAGUCACUGAAGAAACAUCUUACUGGAAUCAUUAAAAAGAGACAGAAAAAAGGAAUACCUCUGAUCUUUGAAAGAGAAGAAGAUAUUAAGGAGCAGUACACCACACGAAAAUUCAGAGGACAUUGUUGUACCCAUGAACUUCUGAGACUGCCAACCAGCAGUAGAUGCAGACCACUUAGAGUCCUGCAUGGAGAACCCUCUCAGCCAAGGUGGUUACCUGACCGAGAAGAGCCACAGGUCCAGGCACUCCAGCAUCCACAGGGAGCAGCCAAGAUGUUCAAGCCACUACAGGCUCAGAACAAUGCACCUAGAUCUCUACAGGGGCAAGCCCAGCCAUCUCAGAGACUACAAGGGGCAGCUCAGGUGUUCAUGCCACUACAGGCUCAGAUUAAGGCUAAAACAUCUAGGCCCCUACAGAUGCAGAUUAAAGCACCUCCACGACUACGGAGGGCAGCCUGGAUGCUCAUGCCACUACAGGCUCAGGUUAAGGCACCUAGGUCUCUACGUCUACAUGCCCAGGUACCCAGAGACCAGAAAGAUCAGGCUCAGCCCCAGGAAUCAGAAAAUCCACAGGAUCUGGACCGGGUACCAGAGGAAUUUCAGGGGCAAAAUCAGGUACCUGAACAACAACAAGGGCAAGUUCAAGCCCCUGGACAACAGCAAGGGCAGAACCAGUUACCUGAACAGCAGCUGGAGCAGAAUCAAGUACCUGAACAGCCAGAGUUACAGGAACAGGCUGCUGAGCCUACACAGGCAGAGACUGAGGCAGAGGAACUAGAGUCAUUACAUGUACAAGCCCAGGUGUUCUUGCCUCUACUGUCACAGAACCACCACGUGCUGUUUCCACUACAUUUGGAUACUCAGGUGCUUAUUCCAGUAGAGGGACAAACCAAAGAGUCACCUCAGGCACAGGCCUGGGCACUAGAGCCCCCAAAGGACAUUGGCUCAGUUCAAGCACUGAUAGAGGGACUAUCAAGAAACUUACUUCGAGCACCAAACUCACAUAACUCAAAGCCACUUGGUCCACUGCAAACCCUGAUGGAAAACCUGUCAUCAAACAUAUUUUAUUCUCAACCAGAACAGGCACAGAAGAAGAAAAAAUCAAAGGUUUCUAGUCUAAGGCAAGCACUGGCAAAAAGAUUAUCACCAAAGAAGUUCCGGGCAAAGUUAUCACGGAGACCAGAAGAGUUUGAGCUUUUAGAUUUACAAGCCUACAGGCGAAGGCGCCAACGCAGAUGGGAAGAUAUCUUUAAUCAACAUGAGGAAGAAUUGAGACGAGUUGCAAGUGACAAAGAAGAUGAAUCAUCAGACAAUGAUGAAGUAUUUCAUUCAAUUCAGGCUGAAGCCCAAAUAGAACCAUUGCAGCCAUACGUACCAAAUCCUAAAGGAAAUGAGGUCCAAGAAAGAUGUACUUCUGUGCCUUAUAACCGGGAUCAUGCACACCACGUCAUGUUCUCUUCAAGUGUUCCUCAGUGGUCUCUUUUGGAACAAGUUCAGAAGCCCAUUGACACCAGACAAAGAAGUUUGCAAAAUCCUCAAAAUUGCCCAGCAACAUCAGAAUCUUCCAAGGAAGAGAGUCCAGUGACUAGGAGAAGGUCACAGUCAUCACCUCCUUAUUCUACAAUUGAUCAGAAGUUGCUGGUUGAUAUCCAUGUUCCAGAUGGAUUUAAAGUAGGAAAAAUAUCACCCCCCGUUUAUUUGACAAAUGAAUGGGUAGGCUAUAAUGCACUCUCUGAAAUCUUCCGGAAUGAUUGGUUAACUCCUGCACCUUUCAUUCAGCCACCUGAAGAAGAUGGUGAUUAUGUUGAACUCUAUGAUGCUGGUAUUGAUACUGAUGGUGAUGAUAAUGAUUCUAAUGAUGUGUAUGAAGAUACUUAUGAGCAUGACAAUGGCAAUGAUGCCUUGGAUAACCAUGUUGGUCAGGCUAAUGAUGUUGGUGAAGACCAAGAUGAUGAUGGCAAUGAUGAAGGUGUUGAUGACAAAGGCAAUAAUCAUGAUGAUGCUCCUAGUUGGCCAAGGUCAAGCUAUGGCAAAGGUGCAAGCUGGAAGCAAAAUGGUAGAGAUGACCAUAAUGGAGGAGAAGGUACCUGCAGCAGCUAUGGAAGCCAGAGAACCAGUAGAAGCCAUUUAAGAUAUGCAGCCAGUGGGGACAAUACAGCUAUGGGAAAUCACGAAGAAGAUAAAGCCAAUAUAGGAAGUGGAAGAAGAGGCAUGGAGGGCAAUGGAGGUAGGGGAGUCCAUGAAACCAAUGAAGAGAGUGAAGUCUUUGAACUCAGUGAAGGAGAAAGUUAUUCAGAGACAGAUGAUCCAGGUUUGGAGAGGCCAACAUCCCAGGACAAUGAACAUCAACAAGAGGAAUCAGUUGGCAGAAGUGGGACCUCAAACGCCAUUGCCUCAACACCUGACGAUGAGAAUGACAGUAUAGACAUAUCAGAAGCAUCAACAGAAUCAGGUUUUUCUGCCAGUCACUCAUCUCCUUUCAACAUUUCUGGGAGUGCUACAAAUACUGAGUUUGCCAAUUCCAUUUUAUAUACUGGAUUAGUGGAAGUACCUGAGAAAUCACCUAAGAAAACCUCUGAAGUAAAUGUUAACCCACUAUAUGUCUCUACUGCAUGUAAAAAACCACUAAUCCACAUGUAUGAAAAGGAAUUUACUUCUGAGAUCUGCUGUGGUUCUUUGUGGGGAGUGAAUUUGCUGUUGGGAACCAGAUCUAAUCUGUAUCUUAUGGACAGAAGUGGAAAGGCAGAUAUUACAAAACUUAUAAAACGAAGACCAUUUCGUCAGAUUCAAGUUGUAGAGCCACUCAAUUUGCUGAUUACUAUCUCGGGCCAUAAAAACAGACUUCGGGUGUAUCAUCUGACCUGGCUGAGGAACAAGAUUUUGAAUGAUGAUCCAGAAAGUAAAAGAAGACAAGAGGAAAUGCUAAAGACAGAGGAAGCCUGCAAAGCUAUUGAUAAGUUGACAGGCUGUGAACACUUCAGUGUUCUCCAACAUGAAGAAACGACAUAUAUUGCAAUUGCUUUGAAAUCAUCAAUUCAUCUUUAUGCAUGGGCACCAAAGUCCUUUGAUGAAAGCACUGCUAUUAAAGUAUUUCCAACACUUGGUCAUAAGCCAGUUACAGUUGACCUGGCUAUUGGUUCUGAAAAAAGACUAAAGAUUUUCUUCAGCUCAGCAAAUGGAUAUCACAUCAUUGAUGCAGAAUCUGAGGUUAUGUCUGAUGUGACCCUGCCAAAUAAUCCCCUGGAAAUCAUUAUACCACAGAAUAUCAUCAUUUUACCUGAUUCCUUGGGAAUUGGCAUGAUGCUCACCUUCAAUGCUGAAGCCCUUUCUAUGGAAGCAAAUGAACAACUCUUCAAGAAGAUCCUUGAAGUGUGGAAAGAUAUACCAUCUUCAGUAGCAUAUGAAUGUACACAGCGAACCACAGGAUGGGGCCAAAAGGCCAUUGAAGUUCGUUCUUUGCAAUCAAGGCUUCUCGAAAGUGAACUGAAGCGCAGGUCAAUUAAGAAGCUGAGAUUUCUGUGUACCCGAGGUGACAAGCUAUUCUUUACCUCUACUUUGCGCAAUCGCCACAGCCGGGUUUACUUUAUGACCCUUGGAAAACUUGAAGAGCUCCAAAGCAAUUAUGGUGUUUAAAAGAUUACAAUGAUUGAUUACAACAUUUACAAACAUCAUAAAUAUGCAAUUUGCAUCUUAAAAAUUCUGAGAUUAAAUUAGCAUUCUGUUUUAUUAUUAGUGAAAUGUUAAAUCACAUACUUUACUUUUAAUGUAGCACAUAAUAGUUCUAAUGAGAAGUGCAGCUUUAUAUAUAAAAUUAACUGUAGCAAGCUCUAUGUACUCCAAUGGUGUACAAUAUCUUUUGCACAACCUUUGUCACUUUUGUUACUGUGAAUUCAAGCAUUAUACUUUGGACAGUUUGGACAGUAUCUAUGUUGAGAUUUUAUAACAUGGAGUGAAGAAACCUGUAAUGAGUUUGAUUUCAAGUAGUUUUCAAAAGAAUUGGCACUGAAUGAGCUUUUUCAGAAAAAGUAAGAGUAUAAAUGAACCAUAUAGGAAUUUGAAAAGUCAUAUAAAGAACUAAAUGUUAGAUUAUGAAAUGAAAACAACAAGGACUAUGCUAUAAACCAUACUAAGGUUGAACAACCUAUAUGCCUGGAGAAAACUACAGUGAUAAAGGGGGAAAAGACCACCCAUUUUCUCAAUGCCCCAUGGCAGUUAAACUCACAGUAAGAGAGCAGUUGUGUUCUUUUCACUGCAUGUUAAGCUGUUUUUCUCCUGGUAAGAAGAAAGGAAAACCUCAGAUGCUUUAUUUUCCUCAGAACCCCCAACAAUGUGCAAUAGUUUUUAAAAACCACCAAAUAAUACACUUGCAUGCCUGAAUACAGGACUGAACUCCUAUACACAUGUACUGUAGAAUUACUUUAUUUUAUUUUUUUAAUACUUUAAUGUAGGAGUCAAAUUUUAACCCCAAGAACCAAUUGGUUGAUUUAUCAAUAUUCUUAUCUGGCCAACAGACAUUAAAUAUUUUCCCAACCCCAGAUUAAACUAUAUAAAAAUGUCCCUUCAGUUAUUAAAAAAAUAUAAUAAAAUUUUUAGCUGCUAAAAUUUAUCUUUUAUAUUUCUAUCUCUGUAAAAUUGGAAAUUUAUCUAAAGUGAUAAAUCCACAUGUAGGGACUUAAUGUUUUAGGUAAAAAUAAUGAAAAUAUUUUGAAAAAAUAAAACUUUGUUCAGAUACCCAAACCUACAAAUUUAGAGUGCUGAAAAUCAUGCUAGUUUAUCAUCCAUAUACGUUAUAGAUGCCAUACAAAGGUGAUUUUUGGUCACCUAUGGUAACUGCUACCUGGUGAAAAGCAUAAUUUCUGCAUAUCCAUCCUCAAUACCAUGGUUAGUUCUGGGGCAAUAGAGAGGCAACUGAACUACCACAAAGUUUACCUCAGUGUAAUUCCUCUAGCUUGCUUCUAAAAUCUGAAGACAGUGCUAGUGGGAUCAUAAUUUUCAAACUACCUGGUUAACCAAAAUACAAAAGCAGCUGACUAUGUGUGAUUUCAUGAUAGCGUGUUAUUUCCUUAGGAUCUUAGUUCCAGGAAUGAUGAUACAACAACUUAUAUCAAGAGUUUAGUAGCUCAAUAGUGAGAAUUUAGGAGAACCCGAAUCCAUGAAUUAAAAAAAUAAAUGUGAUUCACAUUUCUGUUACUGUGAUACAAUAAUGUGAUCCUAAAACUGGCUUAUUCUUGAGUGUUUACAAUUAAAAUCACUUUUUAAAUGCAGUAGUUUAAAAAGAAAAAAAAACUUUCAUGUCAAAUUAUUUCCUUAGAAGUAGUCUUCAUUAUCAUAAAUUUGUACACCUAAAAGGCCAUGGGGAACUUUGUGCCAGUACCUCAUCGCUGAGCAAAUGGAGCUUGCUAUGUUUGAAUUUCAGAAAAUGUUCUCAUUUAAGUAGUAUGUAGAAUCAAGUCUUUUAGGAAUUAAUUUUUCUUCAAAAUAUUUACUCAAAGUUAAGUUUCAAAAAUAACUUUUAUGUUAAAAUCAUAUUUUAAGGAAGUGAGAGGGUAAACUAUUUUAGGAUGUCAACUCCCAUUGUACUCUGUGGUUGUUAUUCUAAUACACAUAGACAAUAGUGAGCUACAUAUACAGAAAUGUCCCAAAGUAAACAAGCCAGAGAGAUUGCAAAAUGGGUAACUGAGCUUUAAAGGAUAAGGUGUUUAGUGAAGAAAGCAAGGUGAUCAUAUAUUAAGAAGAAACAUUGAAAUGUUGGAUAGCCAAAUAGGACUGAACAUAUUUAAAGUGGUUCAGAAGUAAUGAAUAUUUUUGAUUUAUAUGUUAAUUCAUCUGGAAUUUUUAUAUCCUAUGCCAGCUAAAACAAGUAAGUGAAGGGACAAUGAAAUGUUGUAGUCAGUGCACUGUAAUAGAAGAAAUUAUAUCAACACCUUACCUUGUAGAAGCAGCACCUGGAAGCCCUGGCCUAUCACAGAAAUGUGGGGGAUACUUGACAAGUCAAUUCCCUAGUUCUGUGAUUUGAAGCAUGAAUGUUGUGGUAGGUUGUGAGUAGUAUUGGGACAGAGAAAGUUUUAUUUCAGUGUUCUUUAGUUUUUUGAUCAAAACCCUUUUAUUAAAAUAAAAGGCAUCAUUGGAAAUAUUUGAAAACUAGAAAAUGAUGUGUGAAAAGGAUUGUCAAGAAAAGCUCUGAUUAAGUAUGUUAAAGAAAGGUAAGAUCCUCAGAGGAAACAGUAAGAAAGGAUAAUGAUUAAGAUAGUAAAAUAGGCAAAACAGAAAUUACAUAUGUAUGUACACACACAAACCAUUAGAAUGCAUAGAUUUUAACAUUUUCAGUGCUACCAGUUUCUAUAUAAAUUAAUCACUAAUUGUUUUCUGCCAGGUCUUAUUUAAUUAAGAUAUAAGAUAGUACCCAUAAAACCAGGAAUAAUACCACAUGAAUUCAAUGGGAACUUUUAGGUAUUCUUCUAUUCUUUUUCAAAAAUGUGCUUAUUUAAAUUGAUUUGUAUUUAGUCUGUGCUCUAACUUUAAAAAAAUAUUGAAAUCAUCUUUGAUAUUGCUAAUUGUUUCAUCAGAAAGUCUUCAAUGAACCAUUGUUCAACCUCUAAAAAUAAAAAAAUUGAAUCAUU